AUGGCGACCGUGGAUACAUCCAUUCCUCCCAAGACCACCGGCGCCGCAGCCAAACUAGCAGCGGCGCACGAGGCCGAACAUCCGCUCAAGCUGUACGGCGGCUGGUUCUGCCCCUUUGUGCAACGCAGCUGGAUCGUUCUGCACGAAAAGAAGAUUCCGCACCAGUACGUGGAAAUCAACCCAUACAAGAAGGCCGCCGACUUCCUCGCGCUGAACCCGCGGGGCCUGGUGCCGACGCUGGCCGUGCCCGUGGGCGACCAAGGCAAGACCCAGAAGCCGCUGUACGAGAGCAGCGUCAUCUGCGAGUAUUUGGAUGAGGCAUACUCGGACGAGAGCAAGUACGGCCCUGACCUGCUGCCCAAGGACCCGUACGAGCGCGCGCGGUGCCGACUCUGGAUCGACCAUAUCAGCAACAAGAUCAUCGCCGGCUUCUACCGGUUCAUUCAGCACACGCCCGAGAAGGACUACAGCAUCGGAGAGGCGCGGACGAAUUUUUUGACGCAAAUCAAGACGCUAGCCAAGGAAAUGGACGACAGCGGGCCGUGGUUCCUGGGCGAGACCUUCGGCCUGGUCGACAUCAUGCUGGCGCCGUGGGCGAUGCGAUUGUUCCUCAUUGACCACUACAAACCGGGUGGCGUGGGUGUCCCUGCUGAGGGUCAAGGUGGCGAGGAUGAGAAGCUCUGGGCUCGGUGGCGAAAGUGGUUUGAUGCUAUUGUUGCACGACAGAGUGUCAAGGAGACUUGGAGUGACGACGCGCUGUAUAUCCAGGCUUACAAGCGGUAUGCGGAGGAUACCACGAAUUCUGAAGUUGGUCAGGCUACGAGGAAAGGGCAGAAACUUCCGUGA